AUGCAAGACAUCGGCGACGCCUCUCCACAAACACCCGAGUCAGUCGCUUCCUGGAUCAGGUCAUUUCCCUUGGACCCUCUCGAAUACGAGAUCGAAACGACCGGCAAGAGCACACGAAAGUCCGCCUCCAAAACCUAUUGCAUAUGGGGAGACUUUGACGAGAAAGGUAUCAGAGUCGUCUAUGACCAAACCCUGAACGGAAGAAUCUCUGCAUCUCUCAGAUCUCAGCAGCUGCCGCUGAGGGAAGGAGUCGUCACUCAGAACAUGAAAAUAUGUCUGGAAAUGGGACGGCAUGAUGCUCGAAGUACCACUUCAAGCUUUUUCAAUCGCUCGACCGACGCCAUCAAUGCCGGGCUUCCCAGUCACCUCCGUGGCAAGUGGAAGCCGUGCUCAGGCGAGGAGAGCGGCGGCCUUUAUUGGGUCUUCAUGCGCAACGGUGUAGUCAUUGCUAUCAUCAAGGUCAAGAUAUGCACCGAUCUAACGACAUCUGGCGAAGGUCCGGUGCCUCAGACCGAUGACCGUGACCACCCAUCAACAGAAAAGGUUGGAAUGGAACUUUGUCCGCAAGGUGAUACAGCUGGGAGGGGAGGGGCUCAAAACAACGCAAGUCAUAGCGACCAGUCCCAGGCCGAUAAGAGGGAGGUUUCAGACAGUGAUAAAGUGCCUGACAACAAGGACAAGCUGGAUGAGGAAAUCUCUGUGCAUCCGCCGCUGAAGUUGGAGCGACUGUUGAUGGCGUGCAGGCAGGAAGGGGGCUUGAAGCUGAUCCUGGCCAGUAGGACAGGAAAAGAUGGUAAAGUCCGGCCCGCCUUGCGCAUUGUGGACCAACAGGGGACUAUCGUGCCGGAAAUGAUGUACUGGGCAAUGGAAUUGUCCGAGCUUUGGGAACAACUUGAUCGCUACAACCUCGACCUCGCCAUACUCACCUCCUACGAAGUCUGGAUCCCUUUCGAGCGCGAUCCCAAAAUCAAGAACCUGCUUCGCAUGGGUGAACCAAUCUAUAGGACGGAGCCCGAGACUGCGCCCGAGCCCGGCAAGAUGUCGCCUAUGGAACUUGCGGUGGCUUCCGUGAUUGAGAGGGAACGCGCACCCCCACUCGGCUAUACACUCCCACCUCUACCUAGCGGGGCAGGGGCAUCGGGAUCGAGGGACACGAGCAGUGUUCCUACAAAGCAUGGAUACGACCAAGUUGAUGGCACUGGCGGUGCUGGAAGUGACAAUGCUAUUGCUGGAGACGCAAACAUUGCGAGGGAUCAACUUGUUCCCGUCGCUCUGCAGGUUUCUGUGCCCAACCAUCGCUCCCCCGACGCUCUCCACGUCUCUAAGCAAGGCAACUUGAAUGAUGGCUACAUCACAGGUCGCCUUUCCCCCUCCGUCAUCGCAUCCUUGACCAACGACGACAGCAACCACUCAGGACUGCCUACUUCCGAGCCUAAAGCCGACCUCGCCCUCGGUAGCUAUAUCAGCUCUGGGCGCCUGUGGGACGUCUACCGCUCCGUCCUCACCUAUUACAAGGGGGUUUUCGAAGACUCCAAAGAGGCAGUGGCUGCAUAUCGUCUCGAGGCGGCGCUGUACAGUGGCCCUCUCGCAAGCCUACAAGGAGGGGCUGUCUCCGCAUCGUAUGGCUCGUUCAGUGGUGCCAUGUGUCUCGGGCGUCUCUCUGGGGGCUACCCAUUGCACAUUGAAUUGAUGGAGGAUGUCGGGGGGCCAGCCGCCGGAGAGGGUAAGCUGCAGGAUCUGCCUUUGCAGGAUAGACAGGCUAUCCGAGACCUCUACCAUCAACUUCAUGCAGUGCGCGUUCUUCACCGUGACAUAGAGCCACGCCACAUUCUCCGACGCGCUGACGGCCGCUUUGCUCUCAUCGACUUUGACUCCUCUCGCUGGGUGAAGGACGGUCUCGAGGGCGACCGAAGGCUCGCGUCUGAGGGGCGCGGGGUAGCGGCUAUGCUUGGGUUGAAAAAACAUGCUGCGGGAAAGGCAUGA